UUUCGGGCUCAAACCAUUGUUUCCGUUAAAAGCCCAAAAUCUUGACAACUCUCUUUCUCGAACAGUUCUCCAACGUUCCAGAAGGAAAAAACAAAAAAACACCUAGUAAAAUCUUUCACUGUUCUACCUUAAAAAUCCUAGUUUUAGUAAGAAAAAUUACCCAGAAAAAGCAACAACCCCGCCCAUCAUACAAGAGGGGAAAAAAAGGUACAUACCACGAAAAAAGAAAAAGAAAAGAAUAAUGUUUCUUCCUUUCUUCAACUGCAGGUCUCUCUGUAUUUGUAAAUUAGUAAUCCAAUAAGAGUGAUGGUCAUCUUUUUCUGAUCUUUCUUGGAUAAUAAUUUAUCGGAUCUUUGGCCUUCUCUUUUAUUCUUCAACAAGAUCUCCGUUUUCCUUUGGUUUCUGAUGGAAUUAUUAGCUCAACGUAUUUUUUAAGAAAGAGUUGCUCUAUGGCCUCAAUAUCAGGAAUCUUUUAACUUUUCGACAACAUAGAAGUAAUAACAAUAGCAUUAAAAAAAAAGUGAUGGAAAAUGCAAACCCAUCGGCAUCAAUGCUUCCCUCGGAUUCUCCUGAACAGAUGGGAAUCCAUAUGGCAGAUUCAAACAUGCAAGCUACUCAGCCUUCUGUGAACCAGCAAAUUCGACCCUCUUUGGAUGGUCCUGUAGCUAUCCUUUGGGAUAUUGAGAACUGUCCUGUCCCUAGUGAUGUCCGCUCUGAAGAUGUGGCUGGCAAUAUCAGAAUGGCUUUGCAGGUGCACCCUGUAAUUAAAGGAGCUGUAAUGAUGUUUUCUGCAUAUGGAGAUUUUAACUCCUUCCCCAGACGACUGAGAGAAGGCUGCCAGAGAACGGGUGUUAAACUAAUUGAUGUUCCAAAUGGUAGAAAGGAUGCUGCUGACAAGGCUAUUUUGGUCGACAUGUUUCUCUUUGCUCUUGACAACCCCCCACCUUCCUCCAUCAUGCUUAUCUCUGGGGAUGUGGAUUUCUCUCCAGCACUUCACAUACUUGGUCAACGUGGAUAUACUGUGAUUCUUGUUAUCCCUUCCGGGGUUGGUGUUUCAUCUGCCCUGUGCAACGCAGGCAAGUUUGUUUGGGACUGGCCUAGUGUGGCCCGUGGGGAAGGUUUUAUACCCCCCUUGAAGACAUUAUUGCCUGCCCAUCUAGGACCAGCUGACAUGGCUGGGUAUUCCAUGGGGUGCCGUAUAAAUGACAGCCAUGAUGGCCAGAAUGAAGAAGAGGCAAUUGUAUACAGAGGGCUCGCGCAAAGCUAUUACAACUUGAGAGAUUUCUCUAUAGUGACACGUUCUUUAUCUGAAUACAACAGUAGUUCUUUGAUGAGUCUGCCUUGUUUCCCCACUAGUUCAAGGUCACAGAGUCUCCCAUCUGGUCUGAAAGAAGUUUCAGCAGGUCCUGCUUCUUAUGAUGAUUAUUAUUCUACUAUGUGGGUACAGCCUGGGGGCAUAAAUAGUCUGAAAGCUCAGCUAGUGAAGUUGCUUGAAAUUUCAGGAGGAUGUUUGCCUCUUACCCGAGUUCCUCCUGAGUACCAGAAGAUGUAUGGACGGCCUCUUUGUGUUUCAGAGUAUGGGGCAUUGAAGCUUGUUAAUCUUUUCAAGAAAAUGGGUGAUGCAAUGGCAAUAGAUGGAAAGGCUCAAAAGAAGUUUGUCUAUCUUAAAAACUGGAAAGCUGGUCCAAGUGCUCCUCCUAUAAUUCUGGCAAGGAGGGAUAAGACAGGGAAGGGGCCUCAGGACGAGAGUUUGGACAUUGUGACAGGUGGUGGCUCUUCAGAUGAGCUCUCAGAUGAAGAAAGAAUGGCAAAUAAGAAACAGGAGAACAGGAGGAAACAAGAGAAGACUAAUUUGGGAACACCAGCUCGAUAUGAAGUUGAUGACCCAAACCUCGAGCAGUUCAAGUUUGAGUUGCAGGAGAUUCUAGUGAGCUAUUCUUCUUGGAUUUUCUUGGGUUGUUUUGAGGCAAUAUACCAGCAACGAUACAAGAAACCAUUGGACUAUCAAAGUUUUGGUGUGGAUCAGCUAGAGCAGCUUUUUGACAAGGUGAGAGAUGUCGUGGUCUUGCACGAAGAACCAGCAAGCAAGAAGAAAUUCCUGGCUGCAGUUGGUGGCUAGAAGAGUUUAGAGUUGCUUGUCUUGUAGCGUGUUCACUUUACAUAGAACAGAUAGUUGAGGCAUGCUUAUCAUUGCAUGCUCUCUCAUAGUUCUUUUUUUUUCAUUUUUUUGCCGUAUAUUUCAUAGAAGAUGGAGGAAAAGGCUGGAUCACAUUUGUUCUUUUAUAAUCAUGUGUCCUGCAUGGAUUUGAGUGUAAAGUUUUAAAUUUCCACGUAUGCCUUUGCCUCAUUGUUGUAACUGAUAAAAUUACUGAUGUGAGAUCUGUACGUAAAUUCACAGUUUCGUGCCCAGGCACUUUUUAAA